GUAUCCAUGGUAAUUGUAAGAAAUCACUUAACUGCCCUUGAUAGUUACUAAGAGUUGGAGGCGGUUAUCUUUUUAUGAUAAUUGCCCCCAUAAUCUGUUGUUGCAGAAGAAAACACAGAAAAUAGCAUCUAGCAGCAGCAAACGAGUGUUGUGGAACGAUUAUUUGAAGGCAGGCACUGAUCAUCAGUUGGCAUCAUCAUCAUCAAAUUAUCAACCGGGAUUUUAUUCAUGGCUACGGCAACAAUGGCUACUGCAGCUGGUGCAGCUGCUCUUUUGUACUACACGUUGAACCGUAAAUUGCAGUCAGAUACAUCACAUGAUGAUGAUGAUGAUGACGACGACAAUGAUAGUGAUGUUGCUGCAACCAGUCAUGCUCCUUUGGGUAUUGAACGUGUUUCACAUAGACUAAUUCAGGCCCCGGCUACAUGGUUAGAGACAAUUUCGACUUUGUCAGAGACGCUUAGGUUUACCUAUUCGGAGACUCUGGGGAAAUGGCCUAUUGGGGAUUUGGCAUUCGGGAUCAAUUUUCUAUUGAAGAGGCAGGGAAACUUGCAUGUUGGCAGCAUAUUUGGUGGUAAAGAUAGUAUACAACUUGAAGGACUCGAGAUUACUGCAGAAUUAAAGUAUCUGCUGAAUUUGUUAACCCUGUGUUGGCAUUUUUCAAAGAAGCCAUUUCCUCUAUUUCUGGAGGAAACUGGGUAUGCUGAAGACAAUGUUCUUCUUCAGGAACCGAAAGCAGGAAUACUGAAACCAGCUUUUACGAUUUUGGUUGAUCACAAAACAAAGUGCUUUCUCUUGUUGAUUCGUGGAACACAUAGUAUGAAGGAUACUCUGACUGCUGCCACUGGAGCUGUGGUGCCAUUCCAUCACACUGUGGUGCAUGAAGGAGGAGUGAGCAAUUUAGUUUUAGGUUAUGCACAUUGUGGUAUGGUUGCAGCUGCACGGUGGAUUGCUAAACUUUCCAGUCCUUGUCUUCUUAAAGCACUUGAUGAGUAUCCUGAUUAUAAACUUAGGAUUGUUGGGCACUCACUGGGUGGAGGCACUGCAGCUCUUUUAACUUAUGUAUUGCGUGAGCGGAAGGAAUUGUCAACAACAACCUGUGUUGCAUUUGCUCCAGCUGCUUGUAUGACAUGGGAACUGGCCGAGUCGGGGAAUGAUUUCAUUACUUCUGUUAUAAAUGGAGCGGACUUAGUGCCAACUUUCUCUGCUGCUUCAGUGGAUGACUUGCGAGCUGAGGUGACCGCGUCGGCUUGGCUGAAUGAUCUAAGGAAUCAGAUUGAGCAUACAAGAAUUCUUAGUACUGUCUAUCGAUCUGCAUCAGCACUGGGAUCCCGCCUUCCUUCCAUUGCAAGUGCUAAAGCAAAAGUUGCUGGGGCUGGCGCAAUUCUGCGCCCAGUUUCUAAUGGUACACAGGUGGUUAUGAGAAGAGCCCAGAGCAUGGCUCAGGCAGCUUUGACACGCCCUUCACUGAACUUGUCCUCAUGGUCAUGCAUUGGACCCCGUCGUCGAGCCUUGGCUGUUCGUUCAAACUCAAAAGAAGAGGAAGACUCCCUAGAAUGUUCUACCUCCAAAACUGGAACUUCUGGACCUCUUCUUAUAUCUCCCAAGAAAAUUUCAACCAAAACUUCAAUGGAAAAUAUUCAACUUCCUGUCUCUUCUUCUGUAGAAUUGGAAUGGACUUCAGAAAUUGUGUCUGAAUUGUGUUCCCACACUGAGGAAGACAGUGAAGACCUUAUGAGCCACAAUUCACAUGAAGACCGAAGGACUGAAGUGGAGUUGUGGCAACAACUUGAACAUGAGCUUUAUGACAGAAGGGAUGAUGAGGAUGGUGACGUGGUAAAAGAAAUAAGGGAAGAAGAAGCAGCAGCCAUUGCAGAGGUAGGUGAAGAUCAGGCGGAGAGCUCUGCACCAGAAAUGAAGGAAGCACACAGGUUUUUUCCUCCAGGAAAGAUCAUGCAUAUAGUGACUCUUGUGGAUCACGACUCUGAAAGUGAUACACUGUCUUCUAGCAAUUCCGGCAGUGAUGAGCCAUCGACAGAGCCUAAGGUUAGAGUUUUUCUUACCUCCCGGAGGCUGUAUAGUAAACUGAGGCUGUCACAGACCAUGAUAAGUGAUCAUUUCAUGCCAAUAUACAGAAGACAGAUUGAAAAGCUAAUAAAAGAACUUGACAAGGAACAAGGCUUCAAGGACCCUCAUCACAAUCACAUUGAAGAGGUGGUUUUGUAGUGAAAGUGAUGAUUCAACUAAUUGCUUGUGAUAUAGCUCUAUACAGAACAGCAUUAUAAAUCUUCUUGUAGUCCGGCUCAAAUCCUGGAGGCACCAGAAUUUACCAAUCUUCUGGGCAUAUGAAGGACUUUAACAAACCUGAAACUCAUCUUUAGCUGCACUGGGAUUCCUUUUUAAUAGAUGUUGGUAGGCCUCACUCAACCAAUAUAGAGUUUUGGAUUUUGUAAAAUAGAACUUUUUGGUCUCUUUUCUUCUUAAACGAUUCAUCAAACAGUUGUAUGUUACUAAUUUGCACUUUUACUAGCAUUUGUUAUAUUGAUUUAUACCUCAUCACAAUAACAAGCCAUUACUUUUCCUCUGCAUUGUACGGGGAAGCGUUCA